AUGUGUACAUAUAUAUAUAUAUGUGUGUAUAUAGAUGUAUAUAGUAACUUGUUUGUUUCACCGGACACUGUUCUAAGUGUGUGUGUGUUGCAGGUGUGGACACUUCUAGACUCACAGAACUUUUUGGUGAGACAACGAAGAAACCGCGUCUAUGGUGUGGGAAAGGACGAUAACAUCUUUAUUGAUUGCUCUUCUUCAGUCUCUCGUGCGGAAUGGGCGCACGAAGUCUCCACCUGUAUCACUCCAUCACAUGCAAUCUACUCAAACCAGCUUCACCGAUACUUGGAGCCUGAAGAGAUCUUAGGCUGUCAAGCCAUAUGGCGCUGUGAUGUGAACAACCGAGCUUGCUUCGACCAAAUGAUCACAAACGGAUUGGCGCAGAAGUUGGCAGGGAAUGCCAUGACAGGCACGGCCGUUCAGGCCGUGGUCUUGGCAAGUUUUGCCAGCGCUGGUUCUUGGCUGGAGGUUGGCAAAAGGGAUAAGCAAAAGGAUACUUCCAUUUCUACUUCCCUUUGGUUGAAGGAUCAGCCUUGCAGUCAUUCUGCUGCAGGCAAGCCAGGUGUGACAAAUGACAGUGGAAAAGAAUCCCAACAGCUCUGUCCAAAACCAGAGCUUCAGCCACCAGAGGCGGUGGAAGACCAUGCCGAUGGGAAAGGACACAAGAAGCGCAAGCGGUCACCAGGGACAGGUCCAAAAGGACUGACAGCGGAAGGACAGCUUGUUCCAACCCGCCGCGUUCGUGGCAAGCAAGCCUUGAUCCCAAUGCCCAAGCCAAAAAAGAAGGGUCAAGGACCAGGAAAUAAGAAGGCCAAGGGCAAGAAAGCUAUGGUCACCAUAAAGCAGAAAGAAGACAUCUUCAAGGCUUGGGAGGCUGCUGAAGCCAACGGGGCGAAGCACCCCGCCAAAGAAGUAGAAAAGCUGGGUCUUCCUGGUUACUUUGCCGGUUGCACCUACCCCAGCAAGUGGGGGCGUGCAAGAGAGGAACAACAUUGGACCCUUCUUUGCAACACGGCUCCAUCCCUUUGCUCUCGCCACCGUGAGCUGCCCAACAGCCUGCGACGGGUGCUCAACCUGACCUUGAAGCAUCAAACGCAUGAAGUUGCCUCAUCAGGGGAGCAGAGCAUGCCCUGGCUCCUGAAGCAAAUUGUGGAGGAGCUUGUAAUGGAGCGGAUGGAAUGUGGAGAGGAACUUGGGAUUCAGUUUGUCAAGAACACGAUCACCUUUUGCUGUGGCAUUUGGAAUGAGUGCAUAGACUCUAUGCAUGAGAUGGUCAAGUCCUGGCUUUCAAAAAAUGAUGAGCGCUUCUCUCAGCUUGGUGGAGAUGAACUGGAGGAGAAGCUUUCAGGCAUGAGUCAGAUCGCUGAGAAACUCCUCAAGAAGGUGCAUCUAGCAGAGUCUGAUGGGGCACUUCUGACUUUUGCCAACAUUUCAAAGUACAUUUUGUUUGUUGCCCAUUGCCCACUGUUCCGAUACCAGGUGGAUUUGGGGCAGCAGGUGCCCCAAAUGAUUCGUGGCACCAGGGGAUCCAUGAGCGAUGUCCUGGCGCUAACAGAGAUGCCCGAACUUGAGGCGGACACCCUGGAGUUGCGCCAAAUGCGUACUGAAGAGCUU